AUGGUGCCAAGCCCGAAAACAACAGAUGAAAUCCGCCUACGUCGUCUAGAUCGCCGUUCGAAAGAGUCGGUAGAAAAGCAAAUCUCCAUUCCAGAGACAAUCUCACCUUUGGAUACCUACCCUCCGUUACUCCGCAUUCCAUCUGAGAUCAGGAGGGAAAUCUUCAGAUACGUCUUACCCUCAUCAAACAAACGCUUUAUCCUCUACACCGACUGCGAUUCGCGUUCCAUCAGCAGAACAUGGAACCGAAACUGUCGCCCGCAUCCAGACCGGCAUCUAACACUCGAUGUUCUACGGACAAACCGUCUGAUCUAUCACGAGUGUCUUUCAGUCAUGUAUUCCGAAAACCAGUUUCACUUCUAUGCGUUCAACUAUCUACCUGUCCUGGAUUUUAUACGCCAUCUGAGUCCCGAGGCCAAGAACCAAGUACGCAAUGUUCGCCUCACGCCUUUGACGGAUAAGCAGGACGACCCACCAGCGUCACAUGAUAUCUUCUGCACUAUCAUACAUGACUCCUUGCCUGGACUCAAUCAGCUGCAGGCAGAUCCAGUGGUCUUCUUCUAG